AUGUCUACCGACUCCAUCGGCACUGUCGCUGUCACUGUCACCCCCGUCUACUAUACACUCGUUCUCUCAGUCCACGUUCUUCGCUUUGCUUAUUAUAGACAAGAGUCUAUUGACAUGCCGGCGUCCAGUCUCAGCUCGCUCUCUAUUGGUCUUACGCACCUUGAAGGUCAUCAGCAACAUCUAGCACUUUCGCAGUCACCACCCGCUCUCAUCUCUCCCUAUGCACCUUCAUCGCCGCUCUACUGGAACCUUCUUGCAGUCAGUCCGACAUCGCAGGCCAACCAGGUAGCUCAUCAUAAUAAUUCGCGCGCUUGGCCCGUGCCUCAAGUUGAUAUCGCGCCCCAAAAGCCGCCUUCACCUGGUACCGCGCCCACAUCGUCCACCAAAUCGCCUGCCUGGAACCUUCUCCAGGCAGCGAACUACCCACAGACCACGCCGCUUCAUCGAUUCUUCGGACUCGCUAAGCGAUUGCCGGCGAUCUGCCGACCCUCCUCCUGUCUAUAUAAACCCCCCUCCCCCACCACUCUCACUCCUUCUCCCCACUCGCUCCAUGAAAUCGAUUCUCUCAACCAAGUCCACUUUCAGCACCAUGGCCUCACUGUCCAAACCUUGGCCAAGAUCUCAUGA